CAAGCUUUGUUAUAGAGACCGACAGAAAAGAAGACUAAUAGAAGAUUUUAGAUUCUUCUUUCUUACACUUUACUUUCUGUUUCGCAUUGAUUUUCUCUGGAAAUAUACAAAUCUUAUUCCUCCAUUCUUUUUUUCCAGAUCCAAAUUGCAAUAUCAAUAUCGUAGUUUUUAAGAUAUUGGAAAAAGAUGGAGGCAUCGUCGACGAGUCAACCUGAGUUUGACUAUUUGUUUAAGUUGUUACUGAUAGGGGAUUCGGGUGUGGGGAAGAGUACUCUGCUCUUGAGUUUUACUUCCGAUACCUUUGAGGAACUCAAUCCUACCAUUGGUGUGGAUUUUAAGGUAAAGCACGUUAACAUUGGAGGGAAAAAGUUGAAGCUUGCCAUCUGGGACACUGCUGGACAGGAAAGAUUUAGAACGCUAACAAGCUCAUACUACAGAGGAGCACAAGGGAUAAUUAUGGUUUAUGAUGUAACUCGGCGAGACACAUUUACAGAUUUAUCUGACGUAUGGGCUAAAGAAAUCGAUCUGUACUCAACAAAUCAGGACUGCAUCAAGAUGCUUGUUGGCAAUAAAGUUGAUAAGGAAAGUGAAAGAGUGGUCAGCAAAAAAGAGGGCAUCGACUUUGCUCGGGAAUACGGAUGCCUUUUCAUUGAGUGCAGUGCAAAAACACGAGUAAAUGUGGAACAAUGCUUCGAGGAGCUUGUCUUAAAGAUAUUGGAAACCCCAAGCCUCGUGGCUGAGGGAUCAUCUGGAGUGAAAAAGAACAUCUUCAAACAGAAUCCGCCUCAAAGCGGUGCCGCAACCAGCGGUUGUUGCUCGUGGAACCAUCGACUACCGAAUAACAAAAGAGGAAGAAACCUGACGGACCCAUCCGUGGCCGCCUCCUCCUUUUCCCCGCCGCGUGGGGAUGCCGAUAUUGAGGCUCUUCGCCCUCCUGCAUUGGCUGACCCACCGCAACUCCCACCGCUGCAACCUCCUCAGUCAGACGCUAUGAUAUCAUCUAGGGACCCGCACGCGCUCUUUAGUGGCGGCGGCAUAAGCUUUCUCACUGGAAGUCGAGCUGCUAAAUUCAGCUAUGGAUAUUCCAGUUUCAAGGGCAAAAGACCUUCAAUGGAGGAUUUCUAUGAAACGAGGAUAUCUGAAGUUGAUGGUCAGAUGGUUGCCUUUUUUGGUGUUUUCGAUGGUCAUGGAGGUUCAAGAACUGCAGAGUAUCUUAAAAACAACCUCUUCAAGAAUUUGAGCACCCACCCUGAUUUUAUCAAGGACACAAAAACAGCUAUAGUUGAAACAUUUAAACAAACUGAUGCUGAUUACCUCAAUGAAGAGAAAGGCCAGCAAAAAGAUGCUGGCUCAACUGCUUCAACUGCUGUAUUAUUGGGUGACCGGCUGCUUGUUGCAAAUGUUGGUGAUUCUAGGGGGGUUGCUUCUAGAGCUGGAUCAGCUGUCCCUCUGUCAAUUGAUCACAAGCCUGAUCGAUCUGAUGAACGCCUAAGGAUUGAAGAUGCCGGAGGUUUCAUCAUUUGGGCUGGGACAUGGCGGGUUGGUGGUAUUCUCGCUGUUUCACGUGCAUUUGGUGAUAAACUACUUAAACCAUAUGUAGUUGCUGAGCCAGAAAUUCAGGAAGAAGAAAUCGACGGUGUUGAUUUCAUAAUCAUCGCCAGUGAUGGGCUUUGGAAUGUCUUAUCGAAUGAGGAUGCUGUGGCCUUAGUGCAGCACAUAACUGAUGCAGAAGCUGCAGCAAGAAAACUUAUAAAAGAGGCAUAUGCACGAGGGAGCUCAGACAACAUUACCUGCGUUGUUGUCCGGUUUGACAGCUCAUGAACUUGUUCGAGGUAUUGGGGACACUAUUUAGCAUAAGGCAGGAAAUAGGAUUAUGAUUAUGAAUGGAUGCAAGUUAUAAGCUCACUUUGGCCUGAUCGGUUACUGCAAGAGGUAGUCAUUUCAACUGGUUACGAGUGAGAAUGUUGUAUGUGUUUUAAGAUUUAGUUGUUUCUCAUAAGAAAAUUAUCUUACACCAUUGAUGGAAUUUUUAGAUUCCGAAGGGGUUAGUAAUUGAAACAUUCGUAAUGUUAAAAAGAUUACAUUCUUAGUGUAUCAAAGAUGAACUCUUGUUAUUGA